CAUCGUUCAAAACGUGCCCAGUGUUUCCCUCCGAGGGCACUGCGUGCCGCGCAGGCGCAAAGGGCCAGGUGCUGGAGGUGCUGUCAUGGCCUGCCUCAACCCGGUGCCUAAACUCUACAGAUCUGUAAUUGAAGAUGUAAUUGAAGGAGUUCGGAAUCUAUUUGCUGAAGAAGGUAUAGAGGAACAAGUUUUAAAAGACUUGAAGCAGCUCUGGGAAACCAAGGUUUUGCAGUCUAAAGCAACAGAAGACUUCUUCAGAAAUAGCAUCCAAUCACCUCUGUUUACUCUUCAGUUGCCGCACAGCUUGCACCAAACAUUGCAAUCGUCAACAGCAUCAUUAGUUAUUCCUGCUGGUAGAACUCUUCCAAGUUUUACCACAGCAGAACUGGGCACUUCAAACUCCAGUGCAAACUUUACUUUUCCUGGUUAUCCCAUUCAUGUACCAGCAGGUGUGACACUACAGACUGUAUCUGGUCACCUUUAUAAAGUCAAUGUACCAAUUAUGGUGACAGAGACUUCUGGAAGAGCAGGUAUUCUUCAGCAUCCAAUUCAACAAGUAUUUCAACAGCUUGGCCAGCCUUCAGUAAUACAAACUAGUGUUCCACAAUUGAAUCCAUGGUCUCUUCAAGCAACUACUGAAAAAUCACAGAGAAUUGAAACCGUGCUACAGCAACCCGCAAUUCUACCUUCUGGGCCAGUAGAUAGGAAACACUUAGAAAAUGCCACCAGUGAUAUACUUGUAUCUCCUGGAAAUGAGCAUAAAAUCGUGCCUGAAGCUUUGUUGUGUCAUCAGGAAAGUUCUCACUAUAUCGGUCUUCCAGGUGUUGUAUUUUCUCCACAGGUCUCUCAAACAAAUUCUAAUGUGGAGUCAGUGCUCAGUGGUUCAGCUAGCAUGGCUCAAAAUUUGCAUGAUGAGUCCCUCUCCACAAGCCCUCAUGGGGCUCUCCACCAGCACGUGACUGAUAUUCAGCUUCAUAUUCUUAAAAAUAGGAUGUAUGGAUGUGAUUCUGUAAAGCAACCAAGAAAUAUAGAGGAACCCAGCAACAUACCUGUAUCAGAGAAGGAUUCUAAUUCUCAGGUGGAUUUAAGCAUUCGGGUUACUGAUGAUGAUACUGGUGAAAUAAUUCAAGUAGAUGGAAGCGGUGAUACAUCUUCCAAUGAAGAAAUAGGAAGUACAAGAGAUGCAGAUGAGAAUGAAUUUCUAGGGAAUAUUGACAGGGGAGAUCUGAAGGUACCUGAAGAAGAAGCUGACAGUAUUUCAAAUGAGGAUUCAGCCACAAACAGUAGUGAUAAUGAAGACCCUCAAGUAAACAUUGUAGAAGAGGACCCUUUAAAUUCUGGAGAUGAUGUUAGUGAACAGGAUGUGCCAGACCUGUUUGACACGGAUAAUGUAAUUGUCUGUCAGUAUGAUAAGAGCUUGAAUAGAAGAUGUUUCCCAGGGCAGGGCAGCCUUCUGAUGCCCUCAGGCUGAGGAGGUGCAGAGGGAGAGAAGAGCCAGGGAAGAAAUACAGCACCAAUCUGGAGUCUCCAAAGACUGUAUAGGCAUUUUGGUCACUUGCCAGAGCUUUUACUUUUCCUUCUGCCCAACACAUGGCAGAAGUGAAGUGUUCACUACCUUCUAAUUGUUGUUAAAAAUGCCAACUAUAUUAUUGAUUUAAGAAAGCUACAAACAUCCAUUCAUUUUCCACAGAUAAUGAGUUUAUUGCUAGAGCUACAUCCUGAAUUCUAAAACACUACAAAAUCAAAUGAAGGGAAAAAAGAGAGAAAUCAGAGACAGUUAAAGCUUUUUUGCCUAAUGAACUUGUUGAAAUGGGAAGAGGUUUAUUUAAUUAUUUAAAUUCAAAAGAAUUUGGUGUUUUUGUAUUUAUUAAGAUCUUGUUCUACACUUAACAGUGUCUUAAGAAGUUCUGUGUUCUUUUCAAAGCUGCUCACAAUGAUAAUAAACUUGCUUUCAUCUUAG